AUGGUCGACCAACCGGAUCCACCAAAAUCAGCCUCGGACGUCAAGAGGGAGCGCGACGUCCUGAAUUUCCAUGCUGCGUUUCGCGAUAUACCCCAUUUUGAAGAUCUUGGACCCUCGCCGGAUACACAUUCGAUCCCCAAACACCAUGCUCCCAAGCCGGCCACCGAUGCCUCGUUGGCUGCCUUUGGCCAAUUGGCGGCAAUGAGACUCAGUGCAGCACGCAGCCUGAUCAGCUUGAUCGACGAUGAAUAUCAAUACAUCUUGGCUGAAGCAACCCCAAAAACGUCGUUGAAAGCAGACUCGCCUCUUAACAAGGACGAUAACCUUAUCUUCGGGCAUGUUCGAUUACCCCGACGAUGGGGCAUUUGUGAAAAAUUGCUCGAGCCGUCUGCACUGGUAGAAGAAGGCAUCAUUGUCAUCAACGACUUCUCCAAGGAAGGUCAGUACCUCAACCGCUCUUAUGUGCAGGAGGGCCGUAUGCGCUUCUAUGCCGGCGUCCCUCUAGUCAACAAGGCUGGAAGCGUUGUUGGCGCAGUAUGCAUUUUCGACAGAGAUGCAAGAGAUGGACUGUCGCAAGAUGACAAGACCUACCUCAAGGACUUGGCUGGAGUCGUCAUGGACUACUUAGAAACAUACACUAUCAGGGAGCGGCAUGGACUCAUGUCAUUUGCCGAAGGUACAGCUUCUGAGCCUGUUAGCGAGCAAGGCCAACCAUUGGGUGUCUUCGCGAAAGACCAGGUUGCAGCGACACAUGAACAGCGAGAUCAGAGACUGGAGUAUCAGGAGAUGAGUGGCGUCACGCGCAUAGACAGCCCCGAAACUCGACGCGAAGAGCCGGUAUCUCCGACCAAGGAAUCAACAGACCGCCGGCGCUCAGUCAGUGAUUUGCAAGACAGUCUGCUACCUUCGACUGUUAAAGAUCUGUUCGCUCGAGCGGCGGGCAUCAUGCGUCACUCGAACGACAUGAGUGGAGUUAUGUUUUUAGAUGCUUCCUACGCAGCUUCAGGAUCAAAAGAUGCCCGGCCGACAAGCGCUGGAAGACGAUGCAAGAUUCUUGGAUUUGCAACAGAGGAACACAACAGCUUGAAUGGUGACGUACUUCCUCCUGACAUGAUACCCCGCGAGUCCAACUUCAAAUGGGUUCUGGAGCAGUAUCCGCAAGGCUAUUAUUUGCAGUGUGAUGAACUGGACGAUGAAUCUUACGCAGCGAACAACUCGGCACCUGAGCCAUUGCAUGAAUUUACAGGAACCUUGCAGCAAGGCCAAGGGUUCAAGGAAGUCGACAGAGAUCGAGAGCAGCAUACGGCGAGAGUCAAAGCGCUGAUACCCAACAUCAAAACUGCUCUAUUCCUACCACUUUGGGACUUUGAUCGGGGCCGAUGGUUCGCCGGCUGCUUCUGUUGGUCUACAAAAUUGGAGAGGGCUCUAGACGGCCGGCUCGACCUCCCAUUCCUGAAGACAUUUGGACACUCCAUCAUGCAAGAAGUCGCACGGCUCGAUGCAUCUGCCACCAGCCAGUCGAAAACAACCUUCCUGUCCUCGCUAUCCCACGAGUUGCGAACGCCACUACACGGAAUUUUAGGCUCCGCUCACCUCAUGCAUACCUUCAAGUGUAACGUGGGUUUCGUUACUGAGGAGGUGGUAGAAACGAUGAUAGUCGGAGAGACUCCAUACGGCGUCACGAUAGAAUCGCAUACCGAUGAGGAGUCUGUGGGAGACCAAAGUACCAGAGUCGCUAUUGCGAGUAAACGAAGCCGCUUCAUCAUCCUGGAUAUCACCGACUACCGGGCACUUGGUUUCAGACUAUCAGCUAGCUCUUACGGUCGGCUUGUCAUGAAUUUAGUAGGCAAUGCCCUCAAAUUCACUGACAAUGGAUAUGUCCACAUCUCGGUACACUCCGAAGAUCUUUCGGAAAAGAGCGGGACAGUCGUGGUCAAGGUUAUGGAUUCAGGGGUCGGGAUGAGGCCACGAUUCUUGGAAUCUGCAUUCGAGGCCUUUCGCAAGGAGAAUCAGCACACUGCAGGCACCGGAGUAGGACUUUCUGUGGUCAAACGAAUCCUAGAAGAUGUUGGUGGACGGAUCGACAUUUCCAGCGAACCUUCAAGGGGCACGGAAGUCAUGCUUAAAUUACCCCUGCAGCGACUGACCGAAGAGGAGGGCAACGAUCCUGCUAUUAAUCCCUUGCCAAUAGUUAUGUCCGGUCUUGAGGGUAGGAAAGUAUGCAUUCUGUAUGAAGCAGGCAAUCCCGACGAUGCACCUGAGUUGGUCCAGCACAAACACUCCCCCAUGAUCCCCUCCCCGUCCUCCGCCAACCUCUCCUCAGGCUCAUGGAGCGCCCCGCAAGACUCCACCCGCGAAUUCGGACCCAGAAUCGGGCUUUACCCAUCUCCCACCCUCGCCCUGCGAAGGUCCAAGUCCAAAGACCCCGCGGCGCCAGACGUCCAGCCCCCAGCCCCAAUCCAGGAUGAACAGCGCCUUCACAUCACCCAAGCCCUCAUCGUAGACGACAACGCCAUCAACCGCCGCCUGCUCUCCGCGUGGAUGAAGAAACACGACCUCCCCUUCCGCGAAGCCAAGAACGGCCAGCAGGCGCUCGACAUGUACAAAGAUACGUCUCCCCCGUUCGACACGGUGCUCAUGGACAUCAGCAUGCCCGUCAUGGACGGCAUGACGGCCACGCGGCUGAUCCGCGAGUUUGAAAACGAGAAGGGUUUACAGGCGGCGCAUGUCAUUGCGCUCACGGGGCUGACGUCGGCGAGCGCGAAGCUCGAGGCGUGGACGAGUGGGGUGGAUGAUUUUCUGACCAAGCCGGUUGAUUUCAAGAGGUUGGAGGGAUUGGUGAGGGUCGGGAGGGGAGGGGAGGGCACGGGGUUUAUGAAGGAGCACGGGAGUGUGCCUUGA